UAGACUCCCAGAAGAAGGAGGACACCAGUUUGUCCCCACCUCAUGGACUGCAACAGGACUUUUCUCACCCUGAGAGGCUUUUGAAGUAGCGUAACUGUAAAUAAUCGUGAUUUUUUUUUUACUUCACAGGAACAUCAAAUCAUUGAUGUGCUGAUGUUGGGGGAGAGAAUGUUGGACACGUGGACAAGAGAAGACACUAAGAUUGUGUCUUGUAUGAAUGAAGAUAGGGUAAUACAGCCACAGAAAAAAAUAUCUCAUUCGAUUGAAGAAAUUCUCAGAAGUCCUGCUGCAUUCAUCAGAGGAGAGGAGAGCGUUUACAGAAGCUGGUCUGUGAUCAAAGAAAACAACCAAGUCACCAAGCAGCGCCAGUCUGCAGAUUCUCACCAAAGUCGACUAGAGGCUCCAACGGAGUAUGAUCUGUGUGCAGGUCAGAAGAGAAAGAGGCAAACCAGGAUCACGUUCACACCUGUUCAGGUGCAGGAGCUGGAGGCCGCCUUCCUGCAGACUCACUACCCAGACGUCAACACGAGAGACGGGUUAGCGUCACGCCUUCAGCUCACCGAGAGCCGGAUACAGAUUUGGUUCCAGAACCGCAGAGCUAAAUGGAGAAAAACUGAGACUGUAAAGGAAAUGGAGCAGAUGAGCAGACAGCGCUUACAUUCAAACCAUCACCACCUGCUUUAUCGGGAGGAGGCCUUACACUGGCUGCCACGUGUCUCACCUGAACCGUUUCAGUCGAGGCUUUUCUUCAGACCCGCAUCAACACCGCUUCUGCUGACUUACACACAUUCCCCAGGUCACAGGACUCAGUGUUUUGACAGGUUGGGGACAAAACGAUAGCUCCCUGACUAUCUGGCUUUGUUAGUGGAUUGUUUUCUCAUCAGACGUGAUGAAUUGAUCCUAACGAGUUUCUGUGGUUGAGCAGCAAGCUUUAAUCUGUGAAAAACUUUAAUUGUCAAAUACGGUACACAGUGUGUUGAGAAACUCCAAUAUUGCUGCUCAUCAGCAAGCAGGGGAUUUUUUUCCAUUCAGGAAUUAAAACCAACCUUUAAACCCUUUCUCUGGCUUUCUUUAAACCAUUAAAACCUUUUGAUAAG